CAUUGACCUAACCAUUAGUAAAGUUAUACCUACCCGCGUCUAAAUUUCAUCGGAUAUUCCUCUGGUAUGUUUUCUCAAUGGAGACCAGCAGCAAAAUAUCAUUUCGGAUAAGCGAUAUUCUUGAUGAAUUCAUCACUGGUGUGCCGGGUAGGAAAUCUUUGAGCAGCGAUGUCACUUCCAUCCCUAAAACUGAGAAUCCAAAUCAGCGGAGAACUACUGACAUGCUGGGCGACAUGGACGAUUGUUACAGCAACCUUUCGGAUGAUGAAUAUCAGUCAGGCGUCAGUGUACUACCCGACGAUAUGAUGAAGGAACACGAAAAACUGGAUUCUCCUGAUAAAUUUCUAAACAAAAGUCUGGGAAGAAAAUGCAAAAGCCAUUCAGAUCUCGAAGCUGGUCCGCUCGUACAUUCGACAAAGCCCAGAAAAAAGCGUUCUCGCGCCGCAUUUUCCCAUGCGCAAGUUUUUGAGUUAGAGCGUCGCUUUAGUCAUCAGCGCUAUUUAUCUGGUCCAGAAAGAGCGGAGCUUGCAGCAGCCCUAUCCCUAACGGAAACCCAGAUUAAAAUUUGGUUUCAGAAUCGCCGAUAUAAGACCAAGCGGAAGCAAAUGCAAGUUACAGAUACAGUGACGGCCAGCCAUGUGCACGUUCCGCCGACUGCCCGCCGGGCACAAAUCAGGCUGAUUAUGCACAACAAUCAGCUAGUGUGUCACCCUGACGACUUGCCACAUCCCGGGAUAAUUUAUCCAUGUCCUCUUAUGCAGGAAUGGAUUGGUCAUUCUCGUUGGUGGAUGCAGCACUGUGAACAGUUUUUGACUUAGAAAUCUGCAUUUGGUCUGCUAUAAGCCUCUGUUUUACUCGAAUAUUAUUGUAUACAUACUCAUAAGCAAUAAUAAUUACCGCACAUUCGUGCUGCAGAAGUGAUACGAACACUCUUACUACAGUUUGCUGGCAGAUUCAAGCCUCAGUUUCUUAUAGAAAUUUAAGUUUCCUCACAAGAUUACAUAACUAAUUCUGUAUCAUGAUCCUGUAUGCUGUAUUGCA